GUGUGCCCAGCAAGAUAGUAGGUGACUGGCUUUUCUCCAGCUCUGCAGCCAAGGUUGAAAGAAUCAGCUGGGCUAAGGCAGCCAGACAUUUCCUUGUUCUAGAACCACCAGCCAGUCUAGCCCCUCACCAGAAUGAAGUUUUCUGGAUUUGUGAGCAUCCUCGUGUUAUUUGGCCUGUUUGCAAAUGUCCGGGGACCUAGUCUAACUGACUUUCUGUUUCCCAGGAGAUGCCCCCGAUUCAGAGAACGCUGUGAACACAAAGAAAUGAAUCUGUGUACCAGAGACAGAGAUUGCCAGGGAAAAGAGAAGUGCUGCCUCUUCAACUGUGGGAAGAAAUGUUUAGACCCCCAACAAGAUAUAUGUAGCCUGCCAAAAGACCCUGGCUACUGUUUGGCUUAUUUCCCCCGUUGGUGGUAUAAUAAGGAAAACAGCACAUGUCAACUCUUCAUCUAUGGUGGUUGUCAGGGAAACAACAACAACUUCCAAUCCCAAAGAAUAUGCCAGAACGUCUGCAAAAAGAGAAAAUCAUGCCCAAGAGUCAGAAUAAAGUGUGAAGUUGAAGAAAGAAAUGAGUGUACGAGGCACCGACACUGCCCAGACCAGAAGAGAUGCUGCCUAUUCAGCUGUGGAAAGAAAUGCUUAGACCUCGGAGAAGAUGUAUGCAGUCUGCCACCGGAUCCGGGCCCCUGCUUGGCUUACUUUCCACGCUGGUGGUAUAAUAAAGAAACUGAGCUCUGUACCGAAUUCAUCUAUGGUGGUUGCCAAGGGAACCCGAAUAACUUCCAGACUGAAGGUAUCUGUAAUGUUGUCUGCAAAAUGAAACGUACAUAUUCCUGGAUGUGAUAAGGUUGAGCUGGAAGAAGCUCCAGGUCUUGGCUCCUAAUCUGAGACUUCCUUCUGUGAGCCCAGCAGAUGCUCUGGAUUGGCUGACACUGGCCAAGUCUUAGCCACUAAGACUUUGGCUGUUCCCAAACAGAACCCCAGAACUUGCUUAUUCCCUUCCCCCCACCCCAGCUUCUCUUCAGACGUAAUCCCUUUCAUCCUUUGACCCCUUCUCAGUGUAAGACCCCAUCACCUCUUCUUUCAGUGUUCUCAUUCAUUCCUAUGGAGGCUGUAGUUCUUCCUAAUAAAGGAUCCUGUGAAUUC